AUGUUCGGAUUGCUCGUGGGCACACUCAAAAAGGCGGAGAGAGAAGAUAAGGAGCGCAAUGCAAGCGAGGCGGCAAAAAAACGCAUGAAACUGGAAGCCCGGCUCCAGUCCAAACUGCGGCGGGAGAACGACACUGUGCGUAAAGCCGAAGACGCGCGCAAGGACAAAUUGACAGCAAACAGGAAAGAGGAGGAACUACAGCUGCGAGAUUCUGUCGUGAAAUAUCGCAGGAGUCGUCUGCCCAUUUUGGCGAACUUCCUGCUCACGUCAGAUGUUAUCCCCCAGGAUCAAGACGAGGAGCAGACUCCUUCUUUCCCAAACCCUCUUGCAAAUCCACCUCGUAGUCACCCACCACCCCUAUAUUAUCUUCCUGCUAUCCUCCUGCCAUCACAGGAAGCAUUCAUUUCAGCGCGUCGUACCGCCGUAAAAGACGCUGCUGAAGCAGAAUGGCAGGCGUUCCAUGCUGAGCGUGCACAGGGCAUCGAGGAUAUAAAGGCACUGCGGUUAAAGGUCGAAGAAGCUAAGAAAUCUCAAGGUGAGCCUAUGGACGAAGACGAAGAGGACGCGGACAACAAGAGGACGGAGGAUAAGAAAGAGGAUGGGGAGGGGAGAAAAGAGGGUGACGUGGAAACAAAAAUGGAUACGGAUGAGCUGGAGGGUAAAAAGGAUGACGGAGGGGAGAAGGAGAAGGAAGAGCCCAUGCAGGCUGAUGAUGAUGAGGCUGUGGAGUACUGA